AUGGGGGUGCUGGCACCCACGCUGUCGCCCAAGUCUCCUACCGCCAAUGGGAAGCGGCCCCCCAACCGCCUCCGGGUGCGCCUCAAUCUGGACACAGGCAGCGGCAAGGCGUCAUGGGAGGCGGAGGGGGAUGAGCAGCAGGUGGCAGACGCCGUGGCAGCGCUGGGUGCUGCCGCGCUAGACCGCAAGAAACCAGAUGUGCCUGGGGAGGCAGAGGUUGCAGCGGUGGCAGCGGCGCUGGAGGCAACCUUAGACGACAAGAGCGAGGAGCAGCCCGAGGCCCAGCCCAAGGAGCAGCAGCAAGGGCAGCAGCUGGAGGAGGCCGAUGAGGAGGAGGCGGAGGAGGCUGCCGCCUUCGACUCAGAUGGCGAGCAGGCCAGCGCGGCAGAGGCAGAGGGGCAGCAGGGCGAGAAGGAGGGCGAGCAGCAGGAGGCGGACGAGGAAGGGACGGAGGAGGAGGAUGCAGAGGCUGUUGGGCGCAAGUUUACUGAGAAGGUCGGCGCCUGCGACAACAAGGGCCAGUUUGGGUGCCUGACACGGCAGGCCGACAUGGCACUGGGGCAGUCGGGCGGCAAGCGCCAGUUCCGCUUCCCUCACUUCUAUAUUGUCGGCUUCCAGAAGUGUGCCACCACCAGCCUCUUCCACCACCUGGGGGACCACCCGCAGAUCGAGCCUCCCAGCAACAAGGAGCCCGAGUUUUACACCAAGGCGUGCAGCUACAACGCCAUGCGCUGCAUCAGCUCCCAGCAGCGCGAAUACAUGCGGGAGAUCCUGAUGUUCCGCCAGGUGCGCGGCGCCAACUUCACCAAGGCGGCGUUUGAGGGCAGCACCCACUACGCGCUGGAGGGGCGGUGGCUGGCCAUGCAGCUCAUGGAGAUCUACCCCUGGCUCAAGAUCGUGAUGACCAUGCGGGAGCCCAUCUCCCAAGCAAUCGCUAUGCUCAACCACCAGCUGGACCACAAGCGAUACCCUGACUGCUACGAUCGCGACCACAACCUGGUGUUUGAGUGCAUCCACAUCGACCUGGAUUUCGAGAGCCGCUACACCCGGUCCCUCAACCCCUGGCUGAAGCACGUGCCGCGGCAGCAGCUGCACCUCCUGCAGUACGAGAACCUCACCUCGGCCCACAACAUGAAGGGGGCACUGCGGGACAUCAAGCGCUUCCUGGAGGUUGAGCCCACGCUGCCCUCGGACGAGCUGGGCAUGAAGAACUUCCGGCACCAGCGCAAGAACGGCAACGGCUGGCCCAUGCAGCGGCAGCAGUACGAGGCGCUGGUAGAGAAGGCGCGGAGGAACACCGAGGAGGUGGUGGAUCUGGUGCGCCAGAAUGGCUUUGCUGAUGCGGAUGCCUGGCGUGCCAACUGGGAGGCCGCCUGGAAGUUGAACCUGGAGCAGCACUGCGAACCUGGCCCCGAGGGCCUGUGCAUGGUGCAAGUCACGGCUCGCACGCUGCGCCAGUCCCUGCCCCUCCUGGUGGCCGUGCUGAUUGUCUGGGCCUGGAUGCGCCAUCCAGGCAGCAGCAUGGCAGACGCCGCGCGACAGCGGUCUGCGGCCUCGCGGCGCCUCAACCUGCAGAAGCCAGAUGCCGAAGCCAGCAUGGCGACAACAGGCUCCGGGAGCGGCGGCAGCAGCGCACAGGAGGAGCUGGCGAGCGGAGCAGCAGACGACACAGAAGCAAGCACACAGGCAGCAGAGGAUGGGGGAGGGUACGAAACCGACGACCAGGAGGGUGCAGCGGCGGCGGCGGCGGCGGCAGCGGCGGAGCAGCAGCAGCGCCAGCAGCUGGACCGCCGGGAUGCGCAGGCUGUGGCAGGCACGGACGAUGCGGCAGAGGCCUUGGUGGCGGGCGCCGGCAGCGACGGCUACACGCCCAGCGAGCUGGAGCGGGCGCUCAAGGGCUGCGACAGCCUGGCUUGCAUCACGACGGCGCACAAGCAGGAGCCCAAUUUCUAUACCAGCCGCUGCGACGACGACGCCGUGCGCUGCUCCGCACACGAGCAGGAGAAGUACAUCAAUGAGACCCUGCACCUCGGCAUCGCGCUGGAUGCCCGCCUGUUCAUGGCUGUCUUUGAAGGCAGCACCCACUACUCGCUGGCGGGGGAGUGGCUGGCGCCGCAGCUACGGGAGCUGAUGCCGUGGGUCAAGCUGGUCAUCAGCAUGAGGGAGCCCAUCUCACGAGCCAUCUCCAUGCUGCAGCACAACUUGGACCACAACAGAAGCCCCAAGUGCUACGACAAAAAGCGGCGGUGGAUUUUUAAGUGCAUCGAGGAGAAGCUUGAGGAUAGCGGCCUUCGGUAUGCGCCUCGCCUCGCGGCUUGGGCAGAUAAUUUCCCUGCAGAGCAGCUGCACAUCAUGCAGUACGAGACCCUGACGGGGGACGGCAUGAAGGGGGCGCUGCGCGACCUGAAGCGCUUCCUGGGCAUAGAUGCCAAGCUCCCUACCGGCGACCUGGGCGUGCGCAACUCCCGAAGGGAAAACUACUCGGAGGGGUGGCCCAUGACACGGCGCGAGUACCGCCGCCUGGCGGAGCUGGCGCGGCAGGAUGCUGAGGACGUGCUGGCGAUCCUCAAGGGGCGCGGCUAUACGGCAGCGGAGCGGUGGAUGGACAGCUGGGAGCAAGCGUGGGAGGCCGCCCAGCUGCCGCUGCUGGUGUUGGCGGCGCUGCUGGCGGCGGCUCCGAUGGCGGCGGCUGCAGCAGUGGAGACAACUCCUCUCUCCUGCCAGUCGCCGCUCUGGUCCAGCCUGCCGCUGGCCAAGCAGCGAACGCCAGCUGAUGAAUACGACCCCAGCUCGACAGACUAUUAUCAAGACUGGACCCUGAAGCACGUCCUCCCGCCGUUUAUCUUCUGCUGCCUGGCGGCCGCGCUCCUCCUCGCAUUUUUGCUCUGGCGCCUGGCCAGGCUGGCCACCUGCGUGCGCUGCAUCCGCAGCCCGCGCCUGCGCGGCAAGCCCGCCAUGCAGCUGCUGUCGGCGCGCGGCAUGCGGUGGCUGCGCGCGGCCGUGCCGCUGCUGGCGCUGGGCAUGGUGGGAGGCGCGGGGUAUGGCUUCAGCACCAUCCAGCCAUCCAUCGAGCCCGCCGGGGUCGCGGUGUACGAGCAGACCAAGGAGUAUGUGGCCGCCGGCCUGUCCACAGCCAACCUCACCCUGGCCGCCGCGGAUGAGGUGGAGCGCCAGCUGGCGGCCAUCCGGCAGCGGGCGCUGGACCUGAGCCUGGACCAGCUGCAGCCGGGGGUGCUCCAGGCCAUCGAAGACUUCCACCAAAGCAUGGUGGGGGUUGCCUCUGGCCUGCAGACCGCCACCUCUGACAUCCAGGCCGCGGUGCUGGACCGGCUGGAGGGCUGGCAGCAGGAGUGGCAGCCGCUGGCCGACAGGCUGGACGUCGUCAAAAAUGCCGCCCUCUACGCCUGCUACACUCUCGUCAUCGCCUUCUCUGCGGCCGUGGCCCUGGGGGUGCUGCUGAGCUGCCCAGGCCUGGUCAAGGGCUGCACGGCGGCGCUGCUGCUGCUGAUCCUGCUCACCUGGGCAUCGGUGGCUGCCUCCACCGCGGGGCUGAAGAUCGGGAGCGACGGGUGCACCGUGGUGGAGAGCAAGGUCAUCGAUGCCCUGGUGAGGGCUGCUGAGCGGCAAGCGGCCCGCGGCGAGGGCGUGCUGUCGACCGUGGGGGUGGGCGACACCCUGGCCCUGGGGAGGUACUACUUUUACGGUGUGGGCAAGGACCCGGCGGCUGUGCUGUACGACCUGACGGGCAUCGAUGUGCCGCAGCUUCUGGGCAGCGCCAACCGUACCGUGGACGACCUGCAGCAGGCCGCCUUCCUGCUGGAGGGCGUGGACUCCUCAGUCAGCACCCUGCCACACAACCUGGCCGCCCUGGCCGCCGCCAUCGACGCGCUGGCCGGCAACGUCAGGCAAGCGCCGCCGCCGCCGCGCCCCGCUGCCUGCUGGCUCACGCCUGGGACGAGACGCCGCUCCCUGGAGGCCGCGCUUUCCUACCAGCGCUUCAACGCCGCCUGGCUGGCAGCCAAGACGUACGCCUGCUGUGAGGUGCUGAACUUUGUGGGCGGCCUGUGGCUGGGCCUGCUGGUCAUCGGCGCCUGCGGCCUGCCGCUGUCGCUGGCGGUGUUUGUGUGGGUGGGCAGGAUGGACCGGCUGGAGCCGCGGGGCUGCUGCCACGUGUACCGCCGCAGCGACUACCGGCAGUACCAGGCGGAGGAGGAAGCCGCGGUACCGGAGCUGCCCGACAAGAAGGAGGAAGCUGGGGAGACGUCGCUGGGGCUGCCGCCCCACCCCUCGCCAGGCAGCUUCACCCUCAGCCUGCACCAGAAGAUGGCGACCGUGGGCACCUGGCCGCGGCCCGGCAGCGGCGCCGACACCUUCCGCAUCUCCGCGGCGCCCGCUCCCUACGCCUUCGGCGGCCAGGGCGGCGCCACCCCGCGCAGCACCAGCGGCGGGCUGGAGAGCUCCGAGCUGCUGCCUGACAGCUCCCCCUCGGCGCCAGCCAUGCCGCUCAGCGCCCGCUCCAUGCCCUCUGCACGAGGCACGGCUGCAGCUGGCGCAGGCGCUGGGCCGCAGCUGGGCACCUGGGCGGCCACCCUGCCGCCGGGCGCGGCUGCCGCGGCAGGCAUGGCGCCCCUGCUGCCCUCCGCGGGGACUUCCAGCAGCGCGCCCGGCUCGGCACGCAGGCGCAGCGGCACCUUUGGCACCGCGCCGCCGGGGCUGACCCCCGCCGCCGCGGCGCUGCUGCCGCCGGAGCAGGCAGAGAUGAGCUCCGAGGUGGAGGCUGGCGCAGCAGAGCCCGAGGAGCAGCAGGCGGCGGAUGGCGGCGGCGGCGGCUCUGCCUUGAAGAGGGCAGGCGGUGCGCUGUCCAGGCUCAAGUUCAUGCGGCGGAGCGGCAAGCAGUAG